AUGGCCCUCCCCAUCCGCAAAGUCCUCAUACCCACCCACGGCGACCCCUCCGUCGUAACCCUCACCACCACCACCCUCCCAGCCCCCUCACCCACCCAAGUCCAAAUCAAAAUCCUCUACUCCAGCAUGGGCGGCGGCGACAUCCUCAUGCGCCAAGGCAUCUACCCCUUGCAACAAAAAGCGCCUUUAACCCCCGGCUACACACUCAUCGGCCGCGUCUCUCAAAACGGUUCUCGCGCUAGAAAGUUUGCACACGGAGCACUAGUAGCGUGUCUCUGCGUGUACGACGGCCAAGCUACAUAUUCCAACCAGCCCGAGAAAUACCUUGUUCCGGUGCCUGAGGGGGUGGAUUUGCAACAGGCGGUCGCGCUGGUGCUGGAUUGGAGUACGGCAUAUGGCCUUGCGUACCGGGCUGCGGAGAUUGGGCCCGGGAAAAAGGUGUUUAUACACGGGCUCAGUGGCAGUGUGGGCUUCGCGCUGCUGACGUUUUGUAAGAGGCAGGGCGCGAGUGUGUAUGGGACUGCUGCGGCGCAUAAUCAUGCUGUGGUGCGGGAAGCGGGUGCUACGCCGUUUGUGUAUACCGAUAAGGAGUGGAUGGGGGUAAUGAAGGCCAUGGGCGGCGCGCAUGUGGUGUAUGAUGCGUUGGGGUUUGCGUCGUGGGAUGAGAGUUGGAGUAUCUUGUCCUCGGACGGAGGUCAUCUGGUGGGGUAUGGAGGGAAUCUGAAUUCGCUGAAUGGAGACAAGCCGAGGGGGAAUACUUUGCAGAUUGCGAAGUUGUUGGCCAAGGGGAAGGUGCCGUUUUGUCCGUAUCGGACGUCGUUUUUCUAUAUUGAUAGGGACCAGAAGACGUAUAGGCCGGAGUUGGAGGCGUUGUUUGAAAUGCUGGCGAAGGGGGAGAUUAAGGUGCCGGUGAGGAAGGUGUGGGGGUUGGAGGAGGUGCCCGAGGCGCAUCGGGUUUGGGCAAAAGGGCCGGGAGUUGGGGCUGUUGUGGUGAAGGUGGCGGAGGAUGGGGCUUAG